AUGACAGAGGUGGUUCCGGGCAGUGAUGAGGCCGAUAGGGCUGCUACUGGGCUUGAUGGCUCUAGACUAUCAAUAGGGGAGACAGCGGAAGCAGAAGAGAGCGCUGGAAAUGAUGUUCUAGAGCUAGUUUUAGGGUCAGGCAGUGGGUCAUCUACAAGUGGUCCCGCAGCAUCAGCAAAUUCCACGGUGACCGACAGUGUUGCUCGCCGUCAACUUGACCUAGACCAUGAUACACCCCUGGAAACACCCCCGCUACCACCCCUGACUGGUGGUGGUGCUGCAGUUCGAGAUGUGGUGUCCAGGAAAGAGUCAGAACCCAUGGAAUCGCCCCCAUUGCGUAUUGUUGGAAAUCUUGAGAAUAUGGAAAAUAAGUUCAAUGAUGGGUAUGACAGUGAUGGAGAGGCGCCUCCAACUUGCACUGUUGAAGACUUUGAGGAAGAAGUAAUACCAGAGAGACUUGUUGAUGGCACCUUGCAAGGGCCAGAAGAGUCUGUGACUGAGGAAAGAAGCGAGCAAAUUGAGGAACCCCGGCAUGUUGCAAUCCCUGAGGACGACCUCAAGAAACUGACCGUUGCGAAGAUCAAACAUGAGCUAGCAAUCCGCCAAGUGCAGUUCUCUGCCAAGUUCUAUGAAUUCCAGGUAGGAACUCAGUG